AUGACCCGCCGCCGCCGCCGCCGCGGCGCUCGCCCCGCCCCGGCCCCGGCGGCGCUGGAAGACGACGACCUCCUACGGAAGAUUUUCCUCCUCCUCCCGCCUCAACCCUCCACCCUUCCCCGCCUCUCCGUCGUCUGCAAGCAGUGGCGCGACGUCGUCACCGACCCCCAAUUCCUCCGCGGCUUCCGCGACCAACACCGGAGACCUCCCCUCCUCGGCCUCGUCAUGGGCCACACCGGGCCCCCCUACUUCAGGUCCGAUCUCGACCCUCCAGACCACAUCUCGCACGAGCGCUUCUUCCCUCGAGACAUCCGCAGCAUGAACAUAAACGACUGCCGCCAUGGGCGCGUCGUCUUCUUCGCCCAACGGCUGGGCGAGGUCGUGCUGUUUGACCCCGCCACGGGAGGCCGCCGUUGUGUGGUCGUUCCACCAGUGUUUACCGGAAAGGAGAUUGGCGUCUUCAACGCCGCCGUGAUUUGCGUUUCCUGUGAUGAAGGCCACGUGCACGGCGAUUGCCACGCCAGUCCAUUUCAGCCUUUCAGGUGGUCUUGA